AUGAGCUUCAGAUCCAUCGAACAGUUACUUAGGAGGAACAGCAAAACCAAAAUUUCUCGCAAUAUUGUUGACGGUGUCCAUGACCAGAAGGAAGAGCAGUUGGUGCAAUCCUUGAGGGAGUUACUUCUUGCAAGCAACCAGCUCCCAGAUAAGUUUGAUGACUACUAUGUCCUUCUACGCUUUCUUAGAAUGAGAGGCUUCAACAUCUUAAAAGCAAAAGAGAUGUUCUUAAAUAUGUUAAAAUGGCGUGAAGAUUGUUCUGUUGAUGCCAUCCAUAAGCAUGCUAUCCUCAUGGAUUUCAUGGAGUUGACAGAUUUGGCAGGCCUCUAUAUAUCGAACGGGUUGGCUUGGUGGAUCUCAGGGUUGAAUAACUUUUCAAAAUCUGCAAGAGAGAUGUUCGCAGAGAUCCAAAAGAUCGAUAGCAAUUACUAUCCAGAGACAUUAAAUCAACUUUAUAUAAUUAAUGCUGGAACUGGAUUUAGAGCACUGUGGAAAGUAUUGAAAGCAUUCAUGGAGGCAAGAACGUUAGCAAAGGUUCAGGUUCUGGGGACCAAUUACCUUAACACAGUAUUAGAAGCUGUUGACCAAAGCAAUUUACCAGACUUUUUAGGCGGAACAUGCACUUGUCCAACAGGAGGAUGCUUACUCCAAGAUAAAGGACCCUGGACUGACCCAGAAAUGGUUCGUGCUUCUAAGGAAGCAUUUGGUAAAGGUCAGAAGUCUUUCAAUGAAUUGACUGCCACAGUUGCCUGUGAAAGCUUUACAGGUUGUCAGGAGCCUUCCACAAAACAAGUAGAUUCCACUUCUCGUAAGAAAAGAACUCUUGGCAUGUUGUUAAAAGAUGACCAGGUUGGAAUUGAUACAGGUGAAAAUAUUCUGCAGAAACAAGUCGAUGAACAGAUCUCGGAGAAGAUCCGAGAACUUGAACACUGCGCUGUUCAGAGUAAUGAGGUGAGCAAAGGAACCCAAAUUCAAGAAAUUGCAGCCAAGAAAAUAUUCUACAUAGCAACUGAAUGUAGUUUCUUUGUAAUUCAGACCCUGCAGACACUAAUAUGUAAGCAACAAGAACUCACUGGCCACAUCGAACAGCUGAGGAAAAUCCUUCUGUGA